UUUACCUCUCCAUCUGUUCAUAUUUUCUCUGUCUCUUUCUCUGCGCUCUGAAAAAUCCAGAAUCCCCUUCUUCUCCUUCCUCCUUUUCCAUUUGAUUUCCCUCCACAGAUCCCAAAAUUCCCUUCUCCAAACCCUAAUUUUCUCUCUCUACACCAUCUGUUUCGCUCUCUCUCUCUCUCUCUCUCUCCCUCUCUCUCAGCAUCCACACUGAUCGAUUUCAUCCGCCGAUGGUUCUACAAGCUUCAUGAAUCUUCCCGAUAAGGCGCGCUUCUCGCUCUUCAUGGACCACCGCCACCGAUCUUACCAUGCCUGAGCUGCGUCCACGCAGAAACCCAGACCCGAUCACCAAGACCCAGCCUCGGAAGGCGACUGUACGGACUCGGCGGAACAAGAAGAAUAGUAAUAAUAAUCAGAAGCAGAAAAAGAAUAAUAAUCAAAAACAAAAGAAGGCAGCUGUUGCCCGCAAGCGGAGGUGGGCCGAGGGCGGUCCGGUGAUUGAAACGAGGUCGUUUAAGGAAGACAUAGAGGAGGAGGCAAGUGAGAGAGCAAUGGACGAGUACGAUAGUGGCGGUCACAGUGGCGAUAAGGGCCUUGCAGCUGACGACGAGGGCGCAGCUCCCAUUCCCGAGAAGGUCCAGGUUGGUGGUUCCCCAGUGUACAAAAUAGAGAAGAAAUUGGGGAAAGGAGGCUUUGGUCAAGUAUAUGUUGGUCGACGCAUGGGGGCUGGUCCUGGAGCUGUUGAGGUUGCAUUGAAAUUUGAGCAUAGAAGUAGCAAAGGAUGUAAUUAUGGCCCACCUUACGAAUGGCAGAUUUACAAUGCACUUGGCGGUAGUCAUGGGGUGCCAAGAGUUCACUAUAAGGGUCGGCAAGCUGACUUCUAUAUCAUGGUGAUGGAUAUGCUCGGACCUAGUUUGUGGGAUGUCUGGAAUAACAGCUCACACACGAUGUCAAUUGAAAUGGUUGCAUGUAUUGCCAUUGAGGCAAUAUCCAUAUUGGAGAAGAUGCACUCCAGAGGAUAUGUACAUGGGGAUGUAAAACCUGAGAACUUUUUGCUUGGCCCCCCUGGAACUGUCGAGGAUAAGAAGCUUUUUCUUGUUGACCUUGGAUUAGCCACCAGGUGGCGAGAUUCGACUGGCCUGCAUGUUGACUAUGAUCAACGUCCAGAUGUUUUCAGGGGAACGGUGCGGUAUGCAAGUGUGCAUGCUCAUCUUGGUAGAACUGGUAGCAGGAGGGAUGACUUGGAAUCUCUAGCUUACACACUGAUAUUUCUUCUUCGUGGUCGGUUGCCAUGGCAAGGAUAUCAGGGAGAAAAUAAAGGAUUUCUUGUCUGCAAGAAAAAGAUGGCCACUUCCCCAGAAACUUUGUGUUGCUUCUCCCCUCAGCCAUUCCGACAAUUUGUUGAGUAUGUGGUGAAUUUGAAGUUUGAUGAAGAACCAAACUAUGCAAAGUACAUAUCCCUUUUUGAUGGAAUUGUUGGCCCAAACCCAGAUGUCAGGCCAAUAAAUACUGAUGGUGCUCAGAAGCUUAUAUGCCAAGUUGGACAAAAGAGAGCAAGAUUGGCCUUGGAGGAAGAGGAUGAUGAGCAACCAAAGAAGAAGAUUCGUAUGGGGAUGCCUGCAACCCAAUGGAUUAGUGUAUACAAUGCUCAUAGGCCUAUGAAGCAAAGAUAUCACUAUAAUGUUGCAGAUGUGAGGCUCUCCCAACACAUUGAGAAAGGAAAUGAAGAUGGGUUAUUUAUUAGCAGUGUGGCUUCCAGUUCAAAUCUUUGGGCUCUAAUCAUGGAUGCUGGCACUGGCUUCAGUGCCCAAGUUUAUGAACUCUCUUCAUAUUUUCUGCAUAAGGAAUGGAUUAUGGAGCAGUGGGACAAGAAUUACUAUAUCAGCGCGAUAGCAGGAGCAAACAAUGGAAGCUCUUUAGUUGUAAUGUCUAAAGGGACCCAAUACUUACAGCAGUCCUAUAAAGUCAGCGAUUCAUUUCCUUUCAAGUGGAUUAAUAAGAAAUGGCGGGAAGGAUUUCAUGUUACUGCAAUGGCAACUGCUAGGAGUAGAUGGGCUAUUGUUAUGUCCCGCGGUGCCGGAUUUUCUGACCAGGUUGUGGAACUAGAUUUUCUGUAUCCAAGCGAAGGCAUUCAUCGAAGGUGGGAUAAUGGUUACCGCAUCACGUCAACUGCAGCAACUUGGGAUCAGGCAGCUUUUGUCCUUAGUGUUCCAAGGAGAAAACUGGCAGAUGAAACUCAAGAGACGCUUCGGACUUCUGCUUUUCCUAGUACACACGUUAAGGAGAAAUGGGGAAAGAACCUUUAUAUUGCAUCUAUUUGCUACGGUAGAACUGUCUCAUGAACAGCCAAGCUUAUGUUGAGAUGCCACGGAUGGAAUUCUGAUAAUUUACCUUUAUGAACAACAAGCCAGCGUUUACCAUUUAGUGCCUGUUCAAGAGCAAAAGAUCCUCUCACGGGAAAUUGAUUGGUCUUGGCAUUUGGGAGUUGAUGUACGCUAAACUCUUCUUUAUUGCCACCAUAACAUAGCAUCUGUUGUCUUUCAAUCUUUUGAGCUUAUUAUAUAUCUCACUGGGAAGUUGUUUAUUCCCUCCCAUUGUGAAAAAGUUUGUGCAUUGCCAAAGCAAUAAUUCCUUCGGUGAAGGCAUGUGCACAAGCCAUGUUUUGAUUAUUGAUAGAAUUUGGGAAUGUGCAGCUAUGACUAGCUGUGGUUUUUGAUGUUCUCAGCCCUUCAGUAUGUACUUGGUUUUUUUUUAUUCCCCCUUUUCUUUUGAGGGGGUGAGCUUCUGUGUGGACUUUAAGAUGAGAUGUCCCAAUUUGACCGUUAAACAGAAAGUAGUUGUAUACUUACAAAGCAUCAGUGUGUAAUGGUUUCUUAGUCAUCUUAGUUUUUGGUUAAUCUUAAUCACUUUCCAAAUGCUUGUAUCCUUUGAUUUAUAACCACUGAUUGUGUAUCCUGACCUCUUAUCAGUACAUUACACAUAGAAGUUGUGCAACAUGACUAUGCUAGAUUUCCAGUGAAUAAAUGGGUAUUACAGGUUAAAUAGUAGAUAAUUUUGGUCAAGGUCUUUGAAGCAGAACUGCAGUAGGGAAGGUUAUAUUGCACCAAUGUAUGAAGUAAGACCUAUGAUGCCGAUAAAGAACCCAUCUUUCCCAUUGGUAAGUUGUAUGUCAGAUUUUGUGCAAAUUUCUCUCUUGCAGUUUAUAUUAUGAUUUCCCGUGUCUGAUUUUGUAGCUAUAAUGUCUCGCUAUCAAUUGGCAUUCAUAAUUUGUUAGACAGCACUUAGUUGUUUGUGUGUACUCAAGUUAGCAAGGAUUCUCUUCACUUGUCCCCUUUAUUUUACUUUUGUAAUUGUUUUAUUUGAUGUAAAUAGUUGUCUUUGUGUUUCUAAUAGAUAUAAGGUGAGCUGCUUGCGAGACUUUGUGGUUCAUGCAUAUCCAUCCAUGAUGCUGCUAUUGGAGGAAGUGCGAGUUUUCAAACACAAGCUGCAGAUGUGAAGCGAUCUUAGCCCAAAGCACGGCAUUGCUGUGCUGAUUUUUCCGGAUUGAACUGAUGGGACUGAUUGUGCCAAUUUCCGCGAGGUCAUGAUUUGGAAUUUUCAGGAGACGAAUCGAUGAUGAACUCGAGGCAUCUAGGUUGCAAGGGAUCGGUUUUGUUUAAAAACUAUUGUCAAAUUUAAUCAGAUUUAAACAAUGUCAAAGUGAAGGAUUUCAGUGGUUGCUAUCGUCGUUUGAAAUACAUGAACUCUUUACUUC